AUGUCGGUUUUCGUUUACAUGUCCCGUUGGCAGCAGCAGGUGGAGUUGGCAGCACAGGGGCCAGUAGGGGUAUGUAAUGACUCCGCGGGUGGUGGUGUGUGCAUGUGGGCUCAACGCCUCUCCUCAACGCCUCUCCUCAACGCUUCUCCUCUCCACCUUUCUAUGUAUGUGUGUGUCGCCCUGUUGUCGUUUCGCCAUGUUGCCUCUUUGCCAUGCUUCCAUGUACCCUUGUGCCUGAACAGUGCAGCAGGUGGAGUGGGAGACGGCAGCAACACAGUUUCGCGUUCAGCUGAUGAAAAUCAGUCUGACGCUGACAGGACUCUUGCUGCCGCGGGGCUGAUUCGUUUGGAGCGUAUCCUUAAAACGAGGAUAGCUACAGUGGAGGCGAUGCUGAAGAGCUUGCAGCAUGAGAGGGAGGGAGUGGGAGAAGGGAGGGGGGUAUCUGAGGAAAAGGAGGAGGGAGAAGGGGAGAGGAAAGAGAGAGGUGGGAAGGAGGAUGAGGAGGACGAUCUGCCAUCAUGGGUGGAUACAGCUGCUGCUGCUGCUGCUGCUGCUGCUGCUGCUGCUGCUGCUGGAUCUGCUGCUGCUGGAUCUGCUGCUGGUGGGAGCAGUGGCAGCAACAGCGGCAGUAAAGCAGGGAGAGAGUUGGUGGUGGAAGGAGAUGAGUGGGAUGAAACAGGAGCAAAGGAUGAGGAAGGCAUGGCGGCUGAGAGUGGGCAGGCACUCAAUACCACUCGCAACGACCCCUCCUCUCCUCCUCAGUCACCCAACACUACCCUCCCUCCCCACCUCUCCCUCCUCCUCUCUCACCUCACUCCCUCCCACCUUCCCCCAGUCUGUCGCACCGACCCGACAACCCACUCCCUCUCCCCCAUCUCCGCCUCUCUCUUUCCCCCUCCCCCCCGCCUCAUCCCCUGGAACCCCCACCCCCGCCGCUACCUGCUUGCCACAUGCACACAUGGCCGCACCUCCAACCACCUGCUCUGUAUUAGAAGGUAG